CAAGUCUGCAAAUAAUUGCAAAACACAAUACAGCAUCCCCUCCCUUCCUCUCUCUCUCUUUUUUUUUUUCUUUUCCUGCUUUCAAACGCCUUCUCCGGGGCUGAGGCUGAGCUUGGGCAGGUCUCCAAAGGUGCAGCAGCCACAACAAUCCCGCAGUUCAAAGUUAAGCAGCAGUUGCACAACUUCAGCAACUGUCUUAGCUCUCUACUAAAGAAUUGAAAGCAAGGAACGUCUGAGGGGGUGACGAGCCAAGCUUCCAGCCCACCUUUAAAUCCAGAUACCCCCACCCUCACCUCCACCCCACCGGAAACUUUGAGAUACAGUCCUGUAAUUCGCCUACAUAGCAGACCAUGGCUCCUUUUGGAAGAAGCUUGCUAAAGACUCGGCAUAAAAACAGAUGAGGCAUCUAAGACAUGAAGCAGUUAAGAAAUUAAUAAGAGAUCUCCAACUAAAGACAUGGAUUCAGAAGAGAAGGAAAUUGUGGUUUGGGUUUGCCAAGCAGAAAAGAUUGUCUGUGGGUUAACUAAACAUACCACCUCUGCUGAUGUCAUCCAGGCUUUGCUUGAGGAACACGAGACUACAUUUGGAGAGAAACGAUUUCUUCUGGGGAAGCCCAGUGAUUACUGCAUCAUAGAAAAGUGGAGAGGCUCAGAACGGGUUCUUCCUCCACUAACUAGAAUCCUGAAGCUUUGGAAAGCCUGGGGAGAUGAGCAACCCAAUAUGCAAUUUGUUCUGGUUAAAGCAGACGCUUUUCUUCCAGUUCCUCUGUGGCGGACAGCCGAAGCUAAGUUAGUGCAAAACACAGAAAAACAGUGGGAACUCAGCCCAGCAAAUUACAUGAAGACAUUACCACCAGAUAAACAAAAAAGAAUAGUUAGAAAAACCUUUAGGAAACUGGCUAAAAUCAAGCAAGACAUGGUUUCCCAAGAUCAAGAUAACAUGGAGACAUUAGUUCAUCUGAUCAUUUCCCAGGACCAUACUAUUCAUCAGCAAGUCAAGAGAAUGAAAGAGCUGGAUCUAGAAAUUGAAAAAUGUGAAGCUAAGUUCCACCUUGACCGGGUAGAAAAUAAUGGAAAAAAUUAUGUCCAGGAUGCAUAUUUAAUGCCCAGUUUCAGUGAUGUUGAACAAAAACUAGACUUACAGUAUAACGAAAGCGAGAUACUGGAGGACCUGAGCAAAAGCGAUGGAAUUGUACAACUGGAAGAACGACUAAAAUAUUACAGAAUGCUCAUAGAUAAACUCUCCACUGAAAUAGAAAAAGAGGUGAAAAGUGUUUGCUUUGAGAUAAAUGAAGACGCAGAAGGAGCAGCUGCAGGUGAACCGGAAUGUUCAAAUUUAGAAAGUGUUAAGUGUGAUUUGGAGAAAAGCAUGAAAACUGGUUUGAAAAUCCACUCUCACUUGAGUGGCAUCCAGAAAGAGAUUAAAUACAGUGACUCGUUGCUUCAGAUGAAAGCAAAAGAAUAUGAGCUCCUGGCCAAGGAGUUGAAUUUGCUUCACAUUAACAACAAAGAUGAAUGCCCGCUAAAGGAAAACAAAGGGAAGGAAUCUGAAGUUCCUAACAGCAGUGGGGACGUUCCUCCAUUUACUCAAAGAGUAUUUAACGCGUAUACAAAUGACACAGACUCAGACACUGGGAUCAGCUCUAACCACAGUCAGGACUCGGAGACAACUGUAGGGGACGUGGUGCUGUUGUCAACAUAAUUUUAGUGGCUUCUUUCUGACCUACCUUAAUGUUGUUAAUGUCUGUUUAAUUUAAUAGGAAACUUUAUUUUAAAUAUUACCUUUUGAAAAAAUAUAAGUCAUGGUAAAGUAUUCAUUAGUUAAUAAAAACCAGUACAAUAUGUAAGAUUUGUUUUUUAUGUAACAUUUCCAGUAUGACUUUAUUACAAGCUCAAACGAUAAACUAUUAGUAACACAGCGUGAAGAGCACGUAGGCGUAUAACAGAAAUAAUUUGAUGGGAAUUAUAUUUUCUCAUACUGUCUAUAGGAAAUUAUUUAUACAAACUUAAAAUUGUUAAUAUUAUAGUCAAAAUGUUGUAACUGUACACAUGAAAAAGUAAAAAUAAAAUGUGCUGUAAUGUCUUUUUCGGAGCCCUGG